UGUGUGGAGCAGCUGUUUCCGGGUUCAGCGGUGCUCGCUCUGCCCGCGCUGCGGUUACGCGCUUCUCGGCUGGUUGCGGCGCUCGGGCCUCAGGCUGCACCAUGGACGUGAACCAGCCCAAGCAGGAGCAUCUGCUGGCACUGAAAGUGAUGAGGUUAACAAAACCUACCUUAUUCACUAAUAUUCCAGUGACUUGUGAAGAAAGAGAUUUGCCAGGUAAUCUAUUUAAUCAGCUCAUGAAAGAUGAUCCUUCUACUGUAAAAGGAGCUGAAGCUUUGAUGCUAGGAGAAAUGCUGACAUUGCCUCAAAAUUUUGGAAAUAUAUUUCUGGGAGAAACAUUUUCCAGUUACAUCAGUGUACAUAAUGAUAGUAAUCAAGUUGUCAAGGACAUACUGGUGAAGGCUGAUCUUCAGACAAGUUCUCAGCGCUUGAACCUUUCAGCUUCUACUGCUGCAGUGGCAGAACUUAAACCUGACUGCUGUAUUGAUGAUGUGAUUCAUCAUGAAGUGAAGGAAAUAGGAACACACAUCUUAGUUUGUGCAGUAAGUUAUACUACGCAAACAGGAGAGAAGAUGUACUUCAGAAAGUUCUUCAAAUUUCAGGUGCUCAAACCACUAGAUGUGAAAACCAAAUUCUACAAUGCAGAGAGUGACCUCAGUUCUGUGACAGACGAAGUGUUUCUGGAAGCUCAGAUUCAGAAUAUCACUACCUCUCCAAUGUUCAUGGAGAAGGUUUCUUUAGAGCCGUCUAUUAUGUACAACGUUGCAGAACUGAACACAGUUGACUCAGCAGGGGAGAGUGAGUCAACUUUUGGCUCAAGAACUUAUUUACAACCUAUGGACACACGUCAGUACUUAUACUGCCUGAAACCAAAGCAGGAAUUUGCAGAGAAAGCUGGAGUAAUAAAAGGUGUGACCGUGAUUGGCAAACUAGAUAUUGUAUGGAAAACGAAUCUAGGUGAGCGAGGAAGACUGCAAACUAGCCAGCUCCAAAGAAUGGCUCCUGGCUAUGGUGAUGUAAGGCUUUCUCUGGAGACAAUACCUGACACCGUAAAUUUGGAAGAGCCUUUUGAUAUUACAUGUAAAAUAACAAAUUGCAGCAGUGAAAGGACUAUGGAUCUGGUUUUAGAAAUGUGCAAUACUAAUGCCAUCCACUGGUGUGGAGUUUCUGGAAGACAACUGGGAAAACUACAUCCAAGUUCCUCACUCCGUCUUGCACUUACACUAUUGUCUUCAGUGCAGGGAUUGCAAAGUGUUUCUGGCUUAAGACUUACCGACACAUUUUUGAAGAGAACAUAUGAAUAUGAUGAUAUUGCACAAGUCUGCGUUGUUUCUUCAAAAGUAAAACAAGAAAGCUGAAGAAACAUUUUAUUUCUGCUGUUUGUUUUUUGGACCAAUUUCUUGUGUUUCUGCAGUUGAAUCAUACUGUAUAGAGGAAAUAUCAUGUGUAUAGAGGAAAUAACCCCCCGAUACAUCCAUACACACAAGUUGCUUAUUUAAUUUCUCUGAGAAUUUUUUGAAUGUUUUAAAAUCUUCUGAAAAGAUGCAUGUGCAUCUCAAUAAAAAUAAAGCCUUUGAAUAAAGUAUAGCUCUAGCAAAUUGUAUUACAUUAAAUGUUGUGCAAGGGUAAGGACUGACAUGGGAGUUUCUUUGAAUCUACUUACUUAAAAUAGCAGCACACUGUAUUUAUUUUUGUUUUUGUUUUAUUAUUAUUUUUUAAUUAUUAUUUAAUUUUAUUAAAUUGUGGUUCAGACAAAA